CCUGUGUGUCCCUCUCGGCUCCCUGUACAGGAAGCCAGGGCUGGAGAGGAGGGAGUCACCCGGUCAUGGCGGCUGCGGGGGCAGACCUGAACGUGUUUGGCAAGUAUAAAGAAAGCAGUGAAGAGGAAGAGAUUGAGGUUGUAUGAGAGAAAGAAGGACUGUUGGAACAAAAUCCUGAAGGAGGCAGGAAGAAGCAGUGGCCAAGGGCUCGGAUGAAAAAGGUGGCAGCGCUCACCACUUUGGCAUCUCUGAAUGUGUAUGCCAUAGCCAAAGAGGAAGCCCCCCCAAAGCCACUGAAGCCAACUCAGCUCCCCAUUUAUAAUGUACCAUGUCUCCAUUCUAAGUACAUUGAAGAGCAGCCUGGCCGCUUACAAACGGGCAUUGCUUCCGUCCGAACUACAGCCUGUCAUUAUGUUGGCUGGUGCAAAGGUGUCUAUGUUUGGAUGAGAAACGGAAUAAUGGAUACAGUACAGUUUGGGAAAGAUGCAUAUCUUUAUCUGAAGAAUCCACCUCAAGAUUUUCUUCCAAAAAUUGGUGUGAUUACAGCUUCAGGAUUGGUUGGCUUGAUCUCAGCAAAAAAAGGCUCUAAAUUUAAGAAAAUUGCUUAUCCAUUGGGACUGACCGCUUUAGGAGCAUCUGUUUGCUACCCAGCUCAGGCAAUAGUAAUUACCAAGGACAGUGUAUCCAGAAACUCCUCCAGGAAGUACCAAGGGAAACUAACCAUUUACCACUGUGACAUUAUGACUGGCUGGGUUCGAGUUCCGGUUCCGGUUUGGUUUUUGGAUCUUCCCAUGGUAGUUUUGGUUACUGGGAAAAAGGCAUAUGCUACAAGCCAGUGGAUUUAUGAAGUUCUUGGGUCAUUGUGGACAGAAAAGUACACACAAAAAGAAACUGAACUCAAAGAAGUGAAGCUUAGAAGAGAUAUCAAACUUGACACACCUGCGUCUAUGACAGCGACACAAUCCAAAGUGUCCACCCUCAGUGCUGAAGUGGCCGGCAAGCUAGCACCGUCCUCAGCAGGUGCUGUUACAGCCACACAGUUUAAGGCUGACCCCAAGCUCAUGGACCACGGUCAGUCCAAUCCAGAAGAUGUAGAUAUGUACAGCACUAGAAGUUGAAAUAAACUACAUACAGAUCUUCAAGAAGUAGAAAGCUUGUCAAAUAACCAAAGUAACAGUGGAAAAAUAAUAUAACUGGGCCCCAUAGCUAUAUAGUUUAAUCAGGUAUUUUCUUAAAUUUUCAUUCAUCCAUUCAUACCCACAAUUUGCUAACUCAUCACAUAGACAGACUCUGAAAGCAAUCAAAGCAAUACUCAGUGAUUGACACCAAAGUUGAGUUCAGUGUCAUCAGGAUGCAUUUGGUGCCAUACAAUGGGGCUCACUUAACACAGAAGAUGGGAUAAAGAUAUGAGCAUCACAGAGUCUUUGACAUUUUAAAUAUAUCUCUGAUUUAGCUGCCCUCUUAAUAUGUCAGCUAAGCAAGAAUCCUGGGUAAAUGUUUUCUUUCUUUUUUACACUUUGGAGGUCUGGAGCAAAAUAUUCACAUUAAAGUACCAGGGCCUGAUGUUGGCAUUUUCAACCAUCCUUAAAUGUCAGAAACCAGCUCGGGCUGCUGCAUUUGUCUAAUAUAUUGCGUUUCUUUAAUAUAUUUAAGCACGAAGAACAGAUCUUUUCAACAUCCUUCCUUUACUCUCAGAAGUAAUUGAAAUAAAAGAAAUUUGUGUGA